AGCUGGGGCGGAAACAAUCUGCGGCUGCAGGUUUGCCACCGGCGGCAAAAAAGGGGACACACGCAGCACUGAGGAGGAACUGAGAAUGAAUGACCGAGUUCAAACAAAGUGUCCGUGAGUUUCUGUUGGGAAAGCAUCAAGAUCUGCGGCAAACUGUGCAGGAUUGCCUUCAUCUCCAAAAUCCGGGUUGCAGCCGGUUUUUCACCUUAAUCUAUCAACUAAACGUGUGGACUUAUGGAAGUUGCCACCUCUGUAUCUCAUGAAUUUGCGACCACUGCAAAAUAAAAGAGGGAAAAGAAAGAAAGCAAUUGUCUGAUUGAUGAGUGGAGUCCUGCUCAAACCCUGGGUAGAUGAAACAUCCUUUUUCAAGUGGGGAAACUGCAGAAACUGUGAGAAAAAUCAUCACUGAGAAUCACCUGUCAUUGAAAGUGGGAGGACACUUGACACUAUGGGAGAGUGCAAAGAACAGAGAGUGAUUGGCAGGAGGAGGAGAGUCUGACGGAGGAGCAGAGGAAUGUUGGCAGCCAUUUAGUCUGAGCUCAACAACGGAGGAAACAUGGAUUCUUCACAAAAAAAAUGUAAACACAGCAAUGGAAUGAGAUGUGGGACCUCUGAGGAGGAUAAGGAUGGUUCGGCAACAACAGCAAAAAGAGAUAAAUCACUCAGUUGUGAGCAAUGUGGCAAGACUUUCAUCACAGCAACAAAGCUAAGAAUUCACAAAUGUAUUCACACUGUGGAGAAACCAUUCAGGUGUGAUCAGUGUGGAAAGGUUUUUACUAAGAAGAGUGAUUUAAAAAGACAUCAACUCGUUCACAGUGGAGUUAAACCAUUCAGCUGUGAUCAGUGUGGAAAGGCUUUUACUGACAAGAGUAAUCUAGCAAAACAUCAACUCAUUCACAGUGGAGUGAAACCAUUCAGCUGUGAUCAGUGUGGACAGGGUUUUACUCACAAGAAUAAUCUAGCAAAACAUCAACUCAUUCACAGUGGAGUUAAACCAUUCACCUGUGAUCAGUGUGGAAAGGCUUUUACUCGGAGGAGUCACUUAAAAAGACAUCAACUCAUUCACAGUGGAGUUAAACCAUUCAACUGUGAUCAGUGUGGAAAGGCUUUUACUCGCGUGCUCUCUUUGAAAUCCCAUCAACUCAUUCACAGUAGAGUGAAAUUGUUUGGCUGUGAUCAGUGUGGAAAGGCUUUUACUCACGUGCUCUCUUUGAAAUCCCACCAACUCAUUCACAGUGGAGUUAAACCAUUCAGCUGUGAUCAGUGUGGAAAGGCUUUUACUCACAAGAGUACAUUAAACACUCAUCAACUCAUUCACAGUGGAGUUAAACCAUUCAGCUGUGAUCAGUGUGGAAAGGCUUUUACUCACGUGCUCUCUUUGAAAUCCCACCAACUCAUUCACAGUGGAGUUAAACCAUUCAGCUGUGAUCAGUGUGGAAAGGCUUUUACUCACAAGUGUACAUUAAAAACUCAUCAACUCAUUCACAGUGGAGUUAAACCAUUCAGCUGUGAUCAGUGUGGAAAGGCUUUUACUCAGAAGAGUACGUUAAAAAAUCAUCAACUCAUUCACAGUGGAGUUAAACCAUUCAACUGCGAUCAGUGUGUGAAAACCUUUACUCAACAUGAACAGUUGUCGAUCCAUCAAUGCCCCCAUUCUGGUAGAAAGCGGUACCACUGUGAAUCCUGUGAAAAAACUUUCAAAUACCAACAGACCUUAAAAUAUCACCAACGCAUCCACACUGGACAUGAUGUGUACGUAUGUGAUCACUGUGGCAAACCAUUUCUAUUGUACUCACAGUUAAAAGCUCAUGAAGUGACCCACACUGGGGUUAAACCAUACAUUUGUGACCAGUGUGGGAAACGCUACAGCUACACUGCAUGCCUCAAAAUUCACCAACGUGUCCACACUGGGGAGAGACCAUACAGAUGUGACAAGUGUAAGAAGACUUUUACAACUUUGGGUUCCCUGAAACGACACCAGCAGAUCCACACCAGAAAGAAAGCAUUCAAUCAGUGUCACAUUGAGCAGAACGGAACAGAUGGACAAAACUCUCAGACUUGCCAGCACUCUGCCAAUGGUGAACAGUGCUGCUUUGACCAGUCUGGACCAACGUCCAACCAACAAGGAACCCUACAACGACACCAGCGUAUGCACACUGGACACAGACUGAACCCCUGCCAAGAAGAUUUCUCCAUGCAGGGUUCAGUAAAAGUUCAUGAAGUCCUCCACAAACUUAAAGUCCUUGAGAUCCGGCUUCACAGAAUUCAGGAGAACAAUGUGAUGAGUGCACCGAGAGAUCCAAUACAGGGAGCUUUCCUUUUUCAAAGAUCAUUAGAAGGACAGAAGACAAAUUGUUCUAGAAACCUGUCAUCUGGGUCAGGUGGUCACUCUGCAGCACAAGGAGUACUAUCCCACAUUGGAUCUGAUGUUAAUAUUUCCCUUAGACAUGCAGAAUUAAAUGGAAGAAUUCUGGGAGCCCGUCUUGCCUUCGGAGUUCAGCAACUGAGACAGGAAAGUCUUGAUGGAUCACACUGCCCUGGAGGAGGAGGAGGAGGAGGACGAAGAGGAGGAGGAGGAGGAAGAGGAAGAAGAUGAGGAGGAGGAAGAGGAGGACCUCGUUCACAAUGACGACCACGCCUAAAACCUGCUGUUUAUGAAUUUUGUUAUUUUCCAAUAAAGCACACUGUUCAAAAUCCUGUUUUUAUUUUCUUUGUUUCUGAUUUUGUGUUGAAAGAAAGUAUUGCUGCUGAUAAAGUAUAAAGUCUAACAUUUACCAAAUAAUUCCUUCAGAAUGAUGAAGGUUUCUGUACCAGAAGACUGUUUAUGGGAUGUUUUGGAGUAUAUAUUCAAUGUAUUGACAAGGAGAAUUCACUACACAUCUUCAGAAACAUCUGCAAACUGCAUCUAAAACGUAUUACAAAAAGCGUUUUGAAAAGGUUGAAUAAAUGUGGCACAGUGAA